CAGAAAGCUGACGGUCAAGAAACAGUCAGAUCAGAGAGCAGAGCAGAAGGAUGAAGUUCAACAGGGCUUUGAGUGUUUCUGUAAUCACACUUCUCUACAUAACAGGUUCACUCUGCCAGUUAGAUGUAUGUGGUCGAGCCCCUCUCAGUAACAAGAUUGUUGGAGGAGGGAAUGCGGCGGCAGGAGCUUGGCCGUGGCAGGUCAGCAUACAUGUCGUUGGGUUUGGACAUAACUGUGGCGGGACUCUCAUCAAUAAAGACUGGGUGUUAUCUGCAGCACACUGCUUCCAGAGUAUUGUAUUGUCUAAAGUUGUGAUGUACUUCGGUCGUCUGAGCCAGUCCGGCUCAAACCCUGAUGAGAAGUCUAGUACAGCGAGCCGAAUCAUCAACCAUCCUAACUAUAAUAGUGGUUCUAAAGACAAUGAUAUAGCUCUGGUCCAGCUCUCCUCCUCUGUGACUUUCUCUGAUUACAUUAAGCCGGUCUGUCUGGCAGCGACUGGGAGUGUGUUUGGUGGAGGGACAGACUACAAUCUGGAGGUGAGCAGCGUUCCUGACAUACUGCACUAGGUGAUGAUACCAGUUGUGAAUAACAGUGCCUGUGCUAAAGCUUAUGAAGGGAUGUACACAAUUACGGGCAAUAUGGUUUGUGCUGGAUUGUUAAAUCAGGGAGGAAAAGAUUCAUGUCAGGGAGACUCUGGAGGUCCAAUGGUCAGCAAGAAUGGCUCCCUGUGGAUUCAGUCUGGCGUUGUGAGUUUUGGAGAAGGAUGUGCUGAGCCCAGAUAUCCUGGUGUGUACGCCAGAGUCUCUGAGUAUCAGGACUGGAUCAAGUCUUUCACGGGUACCAACCCGCCUGGAUUUGUUCAAUUCGUUCAAACAUCCAACUCCAACUUCGGAAGCGUUCCCAGCCUCCUCUUACUCCCCCUUUCUCUCACAGUCUCCCUCAUUCCUUUCUCCCUUUUCCUCACUUCCUAA